AUGUUGGACAAGUUCUGGAUGGGCCGUUUGCUUAUUCCUCUGGAAGAAGGGGAUUCCAAAAGUAACCUCGCUAGCGAAGAAUCCAAGAAGAUCAAGCUCCUUAUUGGAGCGCUUCGUGGGCUGUGGCGCUCUAGCUUUCUGGUCAAAGCUGCCGAGCUUGAAGAAUCUGGGGAAGGUGAAGGUUCAGACUCGGACCAAGCGCCGGCGGUUGCUGAGGGGGAUCAACAGGGAGAAAGUGAGGAAGGGGCAGGGGGCGAGAUAGAUUCUAAUGGUAGUGGUGAUGAUGAAGUUCACUGCGAUGAGAUGAGUGAUGGUGAAUCCACGUCUGAUGAGCAUGUCAAGGGCGCUGGUGACAGUGAUGACAGCGAUCAUGAUGAUGAGGGUGAAUCUGCUUGUGGUGAACUUCAACAUUCACCAGCUGAGUCAGAUGCAUCUACGCUUGUCCUCCCAGGCCGCGGGGAUGAUGAUGAAGCGGGGGUGCCAGUUCCAGGGUUGUCACAGGGUCCAGGUGAUGGUUGUGAUUCAGACUGUUCAGAGAAAUCAGCAGUGGUUCAUACCCCAGAGUGCUCACAGCCACCUAUGGAAGACCGUUUCAACACACCUCAUGGAGAUCAUCCGAAACAUUUCACCGAUGCGGAGUUGACCGAGAUGUGCAUUUCCCUACUGCAAUAUAUUGGCCAAACCCACCCGGACAUUGCCAAGCAAGAUGCUGUGGUUGCUUACAUGCAACAUGCCGAAUGGGCAUUUCAAAGGUUCGGCUUGGCUGCAAGUGGCUGGCUUGCUACCAGGGAGCAUUGGAAUGCUUGGUUUGCUCUCCACAAAGCAGGUGGUCGCAAGAAGGUCCUUUCAGUUGAAGAGCACAUGGAGCUGACAGCUCAGCACCCUUACGGGAACGCUGCCCGAAAGGCCAUGGAUCAAAGGCAAGCGGCAUCUGCCAAAGCUUCCAAGGCCAGCAUCAAUGAGAAUCCACUACGCGCAGUGCUGAAAGAUGGGCUUGAGACAAGAGACGCAGGGGUUUACAAGGGCGAAGUUGCUAAGAUUCCCAAGCUCAGUCGCAAGUCAUCUUCGGUAGAUCUCAUGGCUGAAGCAGUGCAAUCAAAACUGGCAGUGCCAUCCAUUGGGCUCCAAACAGCUAAAGGCAUGAAGCGUUUCAAGGAGGAACGCGCUGCUGCUGCCGCUGGCAAUCAUGGUGAUGGCGGUGAUCCCAAACACCCUCCAAAGAAACCCAAGACUUCCAAGUCAUCUACCAAGGGCAAAGCAGAAGGAACCACUGAAUCGAGUACACCUGGUAUGUUCCACACUUAUGACUUACGCAAGCUUGGAAUCCCAGAAAUUGCCUGGCCCCAAGCCUCACGGGUGCAUUUGGGCAAACAUGGAUACACCGUGGUGUCUAACUCAGCAGCGAUCGAGGUCUUGUGCAAGACCCAUGCGUACGUCGUGAAGCGCGUGGCUCCUGGUGGUGGUGACAAGUGCCGGCCAGGACAGGUGAGUUGGAAGAAGUGCGGGGGGGCUUCCAAGGCAUGGGAGAUCGCAGCAGAGCUUGCCAACUGGCACUAGCCUCUCCAACAAUGUGGAUUUAGAGUUGGUUGCACUCUGCACCUUAUGUGUUAGAGUCUUUUGGGUUCUCAACACUUCACAAACGAAGUGCGGGUCUAGGAUGGGUGCGUCGUCAGGAUAGAACAGCUGGGGACCCACUAUGAACG